CCUCUGACCAGGACUCAGAGCUGCUGCUGCCGAGGACAUCGGCACGGGAAAAGGUCAAGAGAGGGGGGGGGAAGAGAGAGAGAAAACAAUAAAAGACCAUUCAAGGAUGAUGGAAAAUUGAUCAUUUCCAAGACCUUCAGCUCUUAUUGGGAAAAGAAACUGUGAUAAGGACAAGCUUCAGGAUACUACCGCUUACGUCGCCAUGGAAACCACAACCUGGAAGAGGCUACGAGCAGCAUCGAGGGUGGACAGCCUGCCCUGACUACGGCGUCAACACCUUAGUGUCCUAGCAAAGUGUGACAAAAGAAUGUUUUGGAGAAUAACUCUCCCAGUCCUGUUGGCUGUGGUGCUCUGCAUCACUGCAGAGACCAGGAGGCUGCGCCCCCAGAGCUCCAUCCCAUCCCCAUACAAGAACAAAGGGAACCUGUCCUCUGAACGUCACCACCGUCUGUUGCCGCGAAAACCAGAAGUACUGUCCUCCAGCCGGGAGGCCCUGGUGGUGACGGAGCGCCGCUACCUCCGCAGCGAUUGGUGCAAAACCCAGCCUCUCCGCCAGACAGUCAGCGAGGAGGGCUGCCGCAGUCGCACCGUAGUCAACCGCUUCUGCUAUGGCCAGUGCAACUCCUUCUACAUCCCCCGCCACAUGGGUCCCAGCUCAGGCCAUGGCCAGAGCCGAGGCCUGGGCUCCAACUCUGGAAGGAGAGGCCACAACAAGUCCCAGGAGCCUUUCCAGUCCUGCUCAUUCUGCAGGCCGCACCGCAUCACACAGCUCACGGUGCAGCUGGACUGUCCAGGCCUGCAGCCCCCUUUCAGACACCGCAAGGUCCAGAGGGUCAAACAGUGUCGUUGUAUGUCUGUGGAUGUGAGCAACCAUGGGAAACUUUGAGGGAUUCAGAAUUAAAUAUGAUGUUGACUCAACACAACAUCCUGAGUGCUGUCAUGAAUCUGGUCAAAUGUCAACCAAUUUCUUCCCAGAGGAGAGAUAUGCCAAAAGCUGCAUUAUAUUUCACACAUGGCGACUGGCCACACAGUAAAGUGACUUCCAAAAACUGAAGCUAAAUUUAUCACGGAGUGGUCAAACUUAACUUCAUCAGACCCUCAAGACCCUGGUGGCUGGUUGUAGUGCGUUCAUGACAAGAGACACUGUUCAGAGAGACUGUUUUGAGAGAGUGGAUGGACAACAGACACACCAGGCCAAAUGAAGCAGUCGGCAUUGGACGUGCUCAAUAUAGCCUGGCCCUUCUUUCUAAGAAGUUUAAUGAUUCAUUGUUUCGGUCUGAAAGGCAUGCCCACUUGAAUUUAUCCAAGUCUCUUGGUUUUUCCUAGAUUCUUUUGAUUGUCUGUGAAAUAUGAGAAACUAUCAAAGAGCCAUCCAGAUAAUUUUACUUAAAAACUUUUAUGGACUGCUGCUUGGAAAGACUGUUGCAUAAAUAUACUGUCUUGAACUGUAAGAGUGCCCACAGAACAAAUGUAGAACUCCGUUUCUCUGUGAUAUAUCAGAUAGCGUUCUGCUGCUGGGUCUAAUUAGACAGCAUGCCUUGGUAGCCGGUAAGGGUUUUAUCUGAAAGAAAGACUCUCUUACAUUGGCCUGUUCAACUUUUCCUUAAUUUUAAUGGUGUCCCCAAAGAUAUAUAAGAUGUCAAGAAAAAGCUUAAGACAGAAAAAAAAAUUGCAACAUAACCAGAGGAAUCUAUCUGUGUAGACACAAACUUGGCCAUAUACAUAUGCCACACAUAUACUAGCCAGUAAAUAAAUUAUAUUGUAUUUUGUAUAACAGAGGAACAAUGAUACACACACACACACACACACACACACACACACAGAUGGGUGAAAAAUUAAAGGAAAACCCACCAUAAACUGUCUUAGUAAGGUGUUGGUCCACCACGAGCCUCCAGAACAGCUUCAGUGCUCCUUGUCAUAGAUUCUACAAGUCUCUGAACUCUACUGGAGGGAUGGGCACCGUUCUUCCAAAAGAUAUUCCCUCGUUUGAUGUUUUGAUGAUGGUGGUGGGGAGCGCUGUCAAACACGCCGGUCCGAAAUCUCCCAUACUAGGUGUUCAGUUGGGUUGAGAUCUGGUGACUGUGAAGGCCAUAGCAUAUGAUGUACAUAAUUUUCAUCCUCAUCAAACCAUUCAGUGAGCCCUCGUGUUCUGUGGAUGGGGGCAUUGUUGUCCUCCUGGAAGAGACCACUCCCAUCGGGAUAGAAAUGUUUCAUCAUAGCAUAAAGGUGAUCACUCAGAAUAACUUUGUAUUGAAUUGCAGUGACCUUUCCCUCUAAGGGGACAAAUGGACUCAAAUCAUGUCAGGGAAAUACCCCCGCAGCAUGUCAGAGACCCCCUCACUGUAGGGGUCAAGCGUUCAGGUUUUUCCUUUUUCACCCAUCUGUGUGUGUGUGUGUGUAUAUAUAUAUAUAUAUAUAUAUAUAUAUAAGUUAUGAGUUAUGUGUAUGUAUGUAUGUAUGUAUGUAUGUAUGUAUGUACGUGUGUGUGUGUGUACGUGUGUGAGAGAGCAUCUAUGGUAAAAUAUAUAUUAAAUCCAUUUCAUAUAAAACUAUGGUGAUGUUUUGUGUAUACACUGAAAAUAUAACAUUGUGAUUGGAAGGUUGAUAAAAUCGACAAUAAUAAAUCAACAA